GGCAGAACCGCAAUCUAAUCCUUCCACUCAACGACAUUGGGCUUUCGUUAUGAGUAGCAACGAUUUAACGACCAAUUUAAAUAAAUACGCCUCACGUAAGGGUUGGCUGAUUAAUAUUCUGCUGGACCAACCAAAUAAAUAACAGUUACUAAAUUUGGCUCGGCGGCUGUGGAUUGAGCGUGGGGCACUACGAAUCUACUAUAUCAUUCCGAAUGACACAGGCGAUUUCGGUGGUGCUGACUGCUUAUUUCUAAAUCCGUUUCUGAGGAAUGGACUAUAUAAUGGGGAAAUGAUUCAUUUGGGCCACACAAGUUUCGAGAGCAUUUUCCGCAAUCUUCAUAAAUAUCCGCUACGCACCUACAUUUUUAAUUCGGUUUAUUCAAAUAUUCAAAUGUUUGUUAACGAAACGACAAGAAGAAUUAUCGGUGCGACGGGUGCUGAUGGCAAAGUGGCUGACUUGUUAUCAGAAAAAAUGAAUUUUACAAUGGAUCUUCAAUGGCCGGAUGAUAACUUUUUUGGCUCCCGCACUUUGAAUGGCAGCUACAAUGGCGCCAUUGGACGGAUAGUACGCUAUGAGACCGAUAUUAUAAUAAGUGGGUUCUUUAUUAAAGACUACUUGACUCGUGAAAUGGCAUUUUCUGCUCCGGUCUACAUGGAUGAAGUAUGUUGCUAUGUAAAGAAAGCAAGUCGUAUACCCCAAUCAAUACUACCCUUGUUCGCCGUGAAUGCUGAUAUUUGGAUUUCUUUCAUUUCCGUUGGAUUGCUCAGCCCUUUCAUUUGGAUGCUGAUGAGACAUGUAAACCUAGGCAUUAUUGCAAAAAAUUCAUCAAUUCUCCAAAUGCAAAUGUUGCAGCAUCAGGAACGUCACCAGCUAACAAAAAAGCAUGUGCUGCAAUAUAUACGCAUCUAUAUGGAUACAUGGGUGAUAUGGGUGCGCGUAAAUAUCGUAUAUUACCCGCCAUUUAACUCAGAACGAAUCUUCAUUGCCUCGCUCUGUUUGGUGAGUGUGAUUUUUGGAGCACUUUUUGAAUCGAGCUUGGCAACAGUAUACAUACGUCCAUUUCACUACAAGGACAUCAAUACGUUGAAGGAAUUGGACGAGGCGAAUGUUCGAGUAUACAUUAAACAUGCUGCUAUGAGGGACGAUCUAUUUUAUGGCCAUAGCUCGCAUAUUUAUCAGAAUUUGGAAAAUAAAUUACUUUUGGUCGCCGAGUUGGAAGAGCGUCUUAUUAACAUAAUGUCUAGAGGAGCUAGGUUUGCUGGUGUUACCAGAGCUUCGUCUCUGGAGCUCGACGACAUACACUACUUUAUAACGCAGAAAAUACAUAAAAUACCAGAGUGCCCCAAGAACUAUAAUAUAGCUUUCGUAUUUCCAAGUAAUACGCCUUUGGAAAAGAGCAUCAAUAUAUUACUGCUUAAAUUUGUGCAAGCAGGACUUAUUGACCACUGGAUUGCAGAUAUGAAGUACAAUGCUAAGGUGAAAACACGCAAUUUUCCGGGUUAUCUGGUCGAAAUCGGAGACAAAUGGAAGGUUUUGACACUAAGCGAUUUACAGUUAGCCUUCUACACUAUCAUAUGUGGCAGUUUACUAUCAACAUUGGUCCUGUUACUGGAAAUAGUUUUGGAAUGUAGGUUCAACGUAGCUUUAUGGAAUUCGCUAAGAGCAAAUGAUAAAUAAAAACAUUAAACAACAAAAUCGACUUCUUGUUUUAUA